AUGUGCGUUUCGAAAACCCUAACGCUUCUCGUCGCGUACUCCGCCGUGGUUCUAACCAUCGGCGGUUUCGAAAGAGCCGUUGCUCAGACUCUGGGCGGAAACACCAAUAACGUCUACUCGCCUUGCUCCGACACAAGGAUCCAGAGAUCCGAUGGAUUCACAUUCGGAAUCGCAUUCUCGUCGCGUCCGUCUUUCUUCCUCAACCAGACGCUUCUUCUCUCUCCCUGUGACCGCCGACUUACCCUCGCCGCCAUGAACUCUCAGCUUUCUCUCUUCCGCCCUAAGGUCGACGAGAUCUCUCUCCUCUCUAUCAACACCUCCGCUUUCUUCCCGGACAACUAUGGUGGAUAUAUGGUGGCAUUCGCUGGUCGGAAAUAUGCUGCAAGGUCUCCUCCAGCUUUCAUUGCUAACACCACCUACAUCGUAACCAGUUUUACUUUGGUGAUGGAGUUCCAGAAAGGUAGGCUUCAAAACCUGUACUGGAAAAGAGACGGGUGUGCGUCGUGCAAAGGCAAUCCCAACUUUGUGUGCCUCAACAAGCAAGAUUGUGCUAUCAGAACACCAAGCUGCAAAGGUCGGGGAGGUACAGUGGACUGCAGUCUCGGGAUCCAGCUUGCAUUUUCCGGUACUGACAAACACUUGGCGGUUCUCAACUCGUGGUAUGAAGUGGAGAACCUUAAGCAGUAUUCUCUUUAUGGUCUGUAUUCAAACCUCAAGAGCUCCCUCACUAGUCAGUUCAACAAUUUCUUCUGA